UCUUUCUUUCUGUUUUUUUUUUUUUUUCGUUUGUCAUAAUUCCUUGUCUUUCUUCAAAAUCCCACAAAAGUUCCAUUCCCCUUUCGUUCAGUCUUUCUCUAGUCUUCCUGAGCAAAUUCACUUUUCAUUUCUCUACCUCCAACCCGCUAAAAUGUUUCUGCUUCUGUUCAACUUGGGAUUGGGUUUUUAGAGAAAAACUUCCUUUUUGUGGAAAGAAGAAAUAGCAGUUUGCUUUCUUUUUAAGAAAUAGGUAAGAUCUUUCUUUAUUAAUUACUUGCAGGGUUUCCAGUCGAGAAGAGAAACAAAGAUUGACGUUGUAGUAGUCGCGGUGGUGGUGGUGGUAGCUGCUUUUACUAAAAGUAACUCUACUACUGAAGAAUCAAGCUAAAAGCAAUGACAAGUAGUAGUGAAACAAGUCAGGAGAUGGACCUUGAAUCUCAAGAGACAGGGCGAGGAAUUUCAGCACCAAGAAAAUUUUUCCGGCGUGUUGCUUGGGUUCUACUAGCUGUGCGCACUCUCUCCUCCAAAGCCUACAAAGAUAAGAAGGAGAAUCGUGAUUCUCCAAGAGUCCCGCUAUUAUCUCCAUCUCACAGGAACUUGGAGGAAGCUGAAAUUGAAAAAAUCUCACCUGAAGAUGAAGUUUCUAUUGAAGUCCCCUGCAAUGAUGGGGCAGGCGAUGCUGCGAUUGUUGAAAAAAUCUCAAAAGGGCCAGCAAUUCCAGCACUAGGGAGUGUUUUGCGAUCUGCUAUCUUGGUUCUACGAGCAGGGCAUGUUUUCUUCUCCAAAGCCCACAGCGAUAAGAUGGAGAAUCAUGAUUCUCCAAGAGUCCCGCUGUUAUCUCCACCUCACAGGGUAGCUGAAAUUGAAAAAAUCUCACCAGAAGAUGAAGUUUCUACUGAUGUCCCUUGCAAUGAUGAGGCCGGCAAUGCUGCGAGCGAUAUCAAACUACAACUUGAAAACAUUGCCAAUAUAGUGAAGGGACGGGACCUGGAUUCCUUGCAUAAUAUUGGAGGCGUCAAACGUGUCGCGGUGGUACUUGAGACAGAUUUAGAGAACGGAAUCACUGGAGACAUUGAAGAUCUACGUCAACGCAGAGCCAAUGCAGUCUACAAAACUCCAGUCCAUGCAGCAAGAAACUUCUUGGAGUUGCUCUUGAAAUCCGGCAAUACGUACACCAUCUUCCUUCUCAUCGUAUCAGCAGCGCUGUCCCUUGGCUUCGGGAUCAAGGAGGAGGGCAUGAGGACUGGUUGGUAUGAAGGAGUCAUCAUAAUUCUUGCGAUCAUCAUACUUGUGAUUGAACGAGCAGUGCGUGAUUUUCUGGGUGAAAAUCCAGAGAACCUGUUAGAAGAGCAGAGACAACGGAGAAAAGGAGAGAUGGAAGUCGAUGUUAUAAGAGCUGGAAAGCCGUUGAAAGUAUCAGACUUAGAUCUUGUGAUUGGAGACAUAGUAUCCUUGAAAAGGGGGUGCCCUAUUCCUGGGGAUGGUUUGUUUGUAUCUGGCGAAUACUUAAAAUUGGAUGAAAGCUUUCCAUCCAAUGUUAAUAAACAGAAUCCAUUUCUCUUCUAUGGUGCCAAGGUGAUUGAGGGGCAGGGUAACAUGAUGGUGACAUCCAUGGGACUAAACACAACAUUGGGUGAGAUGAUAAGCAAGGCCAGCAAGAGGCGAUUACCAGUUCAGCUCGACAAGGUGAGCAAGCACACAGAAAUAGCUGGGCUCGCAACCUCUAUUCUUAUCUUGGUAGUGUUGUUCCUGCGGUUUAAACUCGGAAAAGAGAAAGAGGAUUUGAGCUUGCCAGAAAUCAAGGGAGAACAUAAGACAAAGGAGGUUAUGGAACUUAUCAAGAGAAUUGUUCGGAAACCGAGCGGGGAAAUCAGUGCCUUGACACCUUGCCUCGCUACUUUUCUGGUAGGGGUGGUAGGAGGAGUGCCAUUUGUCAUUAGUCUUGCCAUUUAUUAUUGGAAUAAAAAGAUCCUAUCCACCAAGGCUAUCGUACAAGAACAAUUGACAAUUGUUACCAUGGGCUCAGUUACAGCUAUUUGCAUUGACAAAACUGCUUGGCUAACAAUGAACCCACAGGAAGUUGAUGAGAGGUGGAUUGAUGAGACGGUAACGAGAGAAGACUCUGCAAUACCUGAAGUUAAGGAGGCAUUCUGUUUUGGUAUCAGCACAAGCUCAAGUAAUGAUCAGGACAAAUGCUUGAAAGAGACAAUAGAUGCAGUGAGAGCUUGUAGAAACGCUGGUGUCAAAAUCAUGCUUGUCUCAGAGGACGGCGAGUCAGUAAUAGAAGACAUAGCUCAAAAAUACGGAAUGCUUAGUGGCCCAGGCAUAUUGGAACAUGGAGGCGAAACUUUUCGAAGUUUCAGCGAUGAACAGAGAAAGGAUGUGGUCAAUGAAAUCUGUGUGAUGGGCAACUCUCUCCCUUCUGACAAGCUCCUUCUAGUGCGUUGUCUGAAACAACAAGGCCACAUUGUAGCAUUUGUUGGAGUCAGAACAGAUGAUGCUCCCUCACUCAAAGAAGCAGACGUGGGAAUUGUGACUGGAACCGGGAGUAGUGAGUUGGUCAACGGGAGUUCUGAAUUGAUCAUCUUGGAUAGAAGUUUCGGCUUCUUGGCAUCGAUUUUGAAUGGGGGACGAUGUAUCAAUGGCAACAUUCACAAGUAUAUCCAAGUUGAGGUCACCAUAACUAUUUCAGGUUUAUUGAUAAGCAUUGUCACCACAAUAAUUUUCGGGAAUGCUCCAUUGGAAGCGAUUCAGAUGAUCUGGGUGAACCUUGUUGUGGCUGUCCUUGGCGGGUUGGCUUUAUUAACUGAGCCCCCAAGUCAGAAACUGAUGGAGAAGCCACCGAUCAGACCAUCUGAACCUUUCAUCACAAAUGCCAUGUGGAGGAACAUAAUCAUACAAGCUUCCUAUCAGGUUUCUAUUUUGUUAGCCUUUCAGUUCAAAGGGCAAGCUAUUCUAAACAUCAACGAGGAGGUUAGCAAAACCAUGAUCUUCAAUAGCUUUCUUCUCUGCCAACUUUCCAACCAAUUCAAUGCCAGUGAGCAGAAACUGAAGAAUUUGGGCAAGGGUAUCCAACAGAACCUAUGGUUUUGGGUGGCCUCAGUUCUGACUGUGGUGUUGCAGGUGGUAUUCAUUGAGAUUUCACAUCACAUCUUUGGGUUUGCCAGGUUGAAUGGUCCACAGUGGAGCAUCUGUUUCCUUAUUGGGGCACUUUCAUGGGUGACAGAUGGGGCUGUAAACCUUACCUGGGGCGUCAUCAAGGGUAAGUUAACAAGACCAAGCUCACAACCUCCACGAUCUACCGGAAUUCUCGAGCUUCCACUCCGUGCUGAGAAUUCAUCACCAACCGCUUCUUAAUUAUUAGUUCAUACUUAUUAAUAAUCGGUUAUUAUUGGCAUGAGUUUUGCUUUUCUAUUUAUGUUCCGAUUUUUUUUUAAAAUUUUAAUCUUUAAUGUUUUCAAUGUAUUGAAAAUUAAUUUUUAUUUUUCUUUCAGUUUAUUUUAUAUAAAGUUAUUCUUAUUUCAUGAAUUAAAUAACAAGUUUAUUGAAUUGUUUCAA